AUGGCCGCCCAAGAUCCCCGUGUCCUGCUGCAAAAGGCAGAGAAAGCAUUGCACAGCGCCUCGAGCGGAUUUAGUUUCUUCGGUGGACGGACAGAGAAGUACGAAAAUGCAGCGGAUUUGUAUACACAGGCCGCAAAUGCGUUCCGAGUACAGAAGCUGAAUAAGGAGGCCGGUUUGGCGUUUGAAAAGGCCGCUUCGAUCCAGGCAGACAACCUCAACGAACAAGACGAUGCCGCAAACUCGUUGAACGAGGCUUUCAAGGUGUAUCGCAAAUCGGACCCCGAGGAUGGCGCCCGCGUUCUCUCUAGUGCUAUAAACCACUACGUGUUAAAAGGAAACCUGCGCCGGGCCGCUACACAGCAACAACACUUGGCUGAGGUGUACGAAGUGGAGCUGGGAGAUAUGAAGAAGGCUGUCGAGGCUUACGAGAGAGCUGCUGAAUGGUUUGACGGGGACAACGCUGAAGCUCUUGCGAACAAACAUUACUUGAAAGUGGCUGAUCUGGCCGCCCUCGAGGGCGACUACUACAAGUCCAUCGAGCACUACGAAAGAAUUGGCCGGUCAUCGAUUAACAACAGCUUGAUGAAGUGGUCUGUCAAGGACUACUUCCUCAAGGCUGGUAUCUGCCACCUCGCUACGAAUGACCUGGUUGCAACGAACCGUGCCCUCGAGUCCUACCGGGACAUUGACACCACAUUUGCCUCCCAGAGAGAACACCAGCUGCUCGUUGACUUGGUGCAAGCCAUAGAGCAGGGUGAUCAGGAAGCAUUUGCGGACAAGCUCUUCCAGUAUGACCAGCUAAGCAAGCUGGACAAGUGGAAGACCACUUUACUAUUGCGGGUUAAGAACAAUAUCGAGGAGGCGACAGAGGAUUUCUCGUAG